AAGUUGUUUUGUUAAAUAGAAUAGACUUGUAAUCUCGAGAGAGAGGGGGUAAGACAAUUAAACAGAAAUGGCAACAAGAUCAUUCAUAUCUCGAUUUUCUUCAAAUUUCGCUCUUCGAAUUCGCCAUAAUCAAAGAAUUCUCUCUUCUUCCUCUUCGUCUUCUUCUUUCGCUUCGUUUUCUUCUUCUUCUGCGCUUCCAUAUUCUUCAUCUUCUCCUUCUCCUUCAUCAACCGAUGACGUUCAUAUAACUGAUAAUUGUGUUAAGAGGAUGAAAGAAUUGCAAGCUAGUGAAAAUGCGAAUAAGAUGCUUCGCCUUAGUGUAGAAGCUGGUGGAUGUUCUGGGUUCCAAUAUGCCUUUGCACUGGAUGAUAAGAAUAACAACGAUGACAGAAUUUUUGAAAAGGAUGGAGUCAAACUAGUGGUCGACAAAAUUUCUUACGACUUUGUGAAAGGUUCGAGUGUUGAUUAUGUUGAGGAGCUUAUUCGUUCAGCUUUCCAGGUCAUCGAGAAUCCGAGCGCUGUAGGUGGAUGCAGUUGUAAAAGUUCUUUUAUGGUGAAGCAGUAGAUCGAACUUUAUACAAAACUUACAUACAGUUAUGGAAAGAUUGACGAUUCUUUUUGGCGCAGUUAUCCACAUCUUUGGAUCCUUAAUAGUACUGAUUAGCAUACCAUUGGGAUUGAGUUAUCACGUUGUAACUUAGACUAUUAUGCAAAUCGAUGGGACAAUUAUUCCAAAACAGCUAUCAUCUGUUGCUAGCUUUUGUAUUUAUAUUCAAGUGAUAGCAGAGCGAUUGAGGAAAAUAAACCUCUAUGUAUUGUUUGUAAAUUCUCUGAAAUAAGUUUAUCAUUUGGUAACGAGUAGAAAUAUUUUUUUUCUGUAA